AUGUCUGGAAUUUUUUCGAAGACUUUGUCCGAAGUGAAACCCAGUUUAUUAACGUCUGGGAUGGGUAUUGGUAAUACGCAUAGAAGAAUAUCGUUGGGCUAUCUUCCUCCCGAUAACAAGAAUCCUCUAGUUAGAAAAUUUAGGAGUAAAGGUCAGAAACGGAAGAGAAAUAGAAAGAGAAGUACUGGUCAGCGAAGUUUUAGGUCUUUGGUUGAUGAUUUUGGUAGUAGUGUACAUGAACCUAUCCCCGAUAUAGAUGAACGAGAUUUAUUAAAUAAUGUAGAAGAUUACAAUGAUUAUUACGAUGACAUCGAGAACCGACCACAUGAUGCAAGGAGUGGUGAUGAAAUUAGUAGAACCACUUCGCUUCCGUCUAUGACUUCAGAAAACUCCGAAGUGGAGGCUAAUCCAGAUGUGGAUUGGAUUUUACAAGAACAUGACCGCCGAUAUUCAUCUGCACACCGUCCAACAUCCGAAGAGGAGAUUGCACCCGAUAGUAGUGCUACUGAGGGUGAUGUAGACUACGGUUCUUUCAUGAAUCGUGUUCAAACAAGAAGAAAAUUAUACAAAGAAGCUCUAAGAGAAGGUUCUCAAGGUCCUCGAAGACAGUCCCUUAUGUCUGUUACAAGUAGAGGGUCUAUACCACAUAUAUAUCAGGAAUCCUUAGACGAGGAAUCCCUGAGGGUUCUUGCACACGAGCAUGUGACUUAUAGAUCUGAAGCUAAAGUUUUAGCCUCGUAUUCUCUCCCAUUAAUGUUUACAUUCUUGUUGGAAGAUAUUUUCCCAUUAGUAUGUUCUCUAACUGUUGGUUAUUUAGGUAAAAAUGAACUGGCAGCUGUUUCCUUGGCUUCUAUGACUUCCAACAUUACAUUGGGUUUCUUUGAAGGUAUUGCAACAAGUUUAGACACUUUAUGUCCUCAAGCGUAUGGUGCAGGUAGAUAUUACAGUGUUGGUGUCCAUCUUCAACGUUGUGUUGCUUUUUCAUUGGUUAUUUAUAUCCCUUUCGCACUAUUCUGGUAUUACUCGGAACCUCUGUUAAUGUUAGUCGUACCAGAGAAAGAGUUGGUUCAUUUAACAGCACAAUUCUUAAAAGUGUUGAUCUUCGGUGCUCCAGCUUAUAUUUUCUUUGAAAAUCUGAAAAGAUUCUUACAAGCUCAAGGUAUCUUUGAUGCAGGUAUAUAUGUUUUAUUAAUUUGUGCUCCAUUAAAUAUUGUUAUGAGUUGGACUCUUGUUUGGAACAAAUAUAUCGGUAUUGGAUUUAUCGGGUCCGCAGUUGCAGUGGUUAUCAAUUUCUGGUUGAUGUUUUUCUUAUUAUUGAUGUAUGUCAUCUUUAUCGAAGGUAAGAAAUGUUGGGGUGGUUUUUCUAGAAAAGCUUUUACGCAUUGGAGAGAUCUAAUGCAUUUAGCAUUCUCAGGUGUUAUUAUGCUAGAAGCAGAAGAAAUAUCUUACGAAUGUUUAACUUUAUUUAGUGCCUAUUUUGGUACAGAAUAUUUAGCUGCUCAAUCUGCUGUUUCUUCGGUUGCUGCUUUAAUAUACAUGGUUCCUUUUGCAAUUGGUAUCUCAACUUCAACAAGAAUUGCAAAUUUCAUUGGUGCUAAAAGAAUCGAUUUUGCUCAUAUCUCAGCUAAAGUAGGUCUAUCAUUCUCAUUUAUUGCUGGUAUAACUAAUUGUACAGUUUUAGUUUUGAGUCGUAACUUUGUUGCGGGUAUCUUCUCAAGAGAUGAAAAAGUUAAGGGUCUAAUAUCUGGUAUUUUACCUGUGGUUGGUUUCAUACAAAAUUUCGACUCUUUAAAUGCAGUAGCUGGUUCUUGUCUGAGAGGUCAAGGUAUGCAAUCUGUUGGUAGUAUCGUUAAUUUGGUCGGUUACUACUGUUUUGGUAUCCCAUUAGCUAUGAUAUUAAGUUGGGUGUUUGACUGGAAACUAUACGGGUUAUGGAUAGGUAUUGGGUGUGCUAUGCUAGUUGUCGGUUCAAUUGAAUCGUAUUUUGUCUUGCAACCAAAUUGGGAUCGUAUCUUAAGCUAUGCUGAAAAAUUAAGAGAGCAAGAUAGAGAUGAGGAAGAGGAAGAAUACUUUUCAGACUCUAGUGAUGAUGAAGGGGAUGAACAUAGUUCCUCUUCUGAAGAAGCUUCUCACAGAGCUACCGAACAUACUGCCUUGUUAGGGAUUGUAUAA